CGGACUGCAUGAACUCGGAAGUGACUUUGGCUCUGGAGUGGAUUGCCGCUUCCGAGCUGGGCCUUCAAGCGCUCUACUUCAAGAAGUCCAAAGAAAAACGGGCUGCCAAGUUUCAGAAGGUGGUCCAUCUGAUGUCCCAGAAGUCAUGGAAGAUCGCGGACUUGUUCGAUGCUGUGGUUCGGUUCUGUAAACUUCAUGAGGAGAGUGAGGACAUGUCUCUGUCUAGCCUGUUUGACUGGCUCUUAGAGAUCCUGUGAAGUGGAUUUCUUUCAACAGCCUGCAUAAAAGCUUGCAUGCUCACUCCCUCACACUGACACUUGUCUUCUCACCAAGUGUGUUUGCGUCCAAAGCUGAGAGCACAAAGUGAUCAGCCAACUUGACGAAUGCUCUUUCCUUCACUGCUGUCACACUCUGUCCGUGGGGGUUUUGUUUUCUGUCUGUCACUUCUCACAUACACCCCAAAGGAACACGGGUUGGACAUUCCUAUUUUGAGUGCACAAGCCAUUAAGAGAUUAUCGUUAGUUAGCAGGUUUUAACUGCUCCGGUGUAUAUUGAUAGACACGGUAAUUAAGAGUAUAUUUAUAGAUUCUCACAACCAAAUAAUGGGUUGGUUCAUUUAUUUAUUGGUAAAAGUACUAAUACAUAGGAUAUCAGGUGCACUUUUCCUGCUUUUCACUACCUUCCUUGCUGGUUUGAAAGACAUGGCUGUUUACAUUAG